UUCAAUCAUGUAGUAAAAAGUAUAUGUGUGUAUCUUGAGCUUGCAAGCACAAUACACAUAUGAGCUCUGUAUGACUGGAUGGAUAUCCUUCCAAAUACAGUUCUCUGUAGUAUUCUUUCACUUACACUUUUCAAUACUUCCUUCCUUAUUUUCCAAUUAAAAUUCUCCACUGCUCUUGACACCAUUGCUGCAUCACAAUCUCUAAGUGAUGGCAAGACCUUGGUUUCUAGAGAAGGAAGCUUUGAACUGGGUUUCUUUAGCCCUGGAAUUUCUAAGAAUCGUUACUUAGGAAUUUGGUACAAAAAUAUCCCAGUUAGAACAGUUCUCUGGGUUGCAAACCGGCGGAAUCCAAUUGAAGAUUCCUCUGGCUUGUUGACCAUAGACAAUACUGCCAAUCUUUUGCUUGUUAGCAACCGCAACGUUGUUGUUUGGUCAUCAAACUCAACAAUAGUAGCCAAGAGUCCAAUAGUACUGCAGCUCCUGGAUUCUGGUAAUCUUGUCUUAAGAGAUGAAAAAAGUGACUCUGGAAGAUACCUGUGGCAAAGUUUUGAUCAUCCAUCUGAUACACUGAUUCCAGGAAUGAAGCUUGGCUGGGAUUUAAGGACCGGACUUGAAAGGCGCCUAUCAUCCUGGAGGAGCUCAGAUGAUCCAUCUCCCGGAGACUUAACAUGGGGGAUUAAACUACAAAAUAACCCUGAGACAAUUAUCUGGAGAGGAUCACAACAGUACUUCAGGAGUGGCCCCUGGACAGGCAUUGCAUUCACAGGUGCUCCAGAACUAGUCCGAAACCCAGUUUUUAAGUUAAAUUUUGUCUCAAGUAAGGAUGAAGUAUAUUUAUCCUACAACCUCAAAAAUAUAUCAGCAUUCUCCAGGAUAGUUGUAAAUCAGACUACCAAUUAUCGUGAAGCCUACACAUGGAAUGAAGCAACCCAAACUUGGGUCCUCUAUGCUUCUGUGCCAAGAGACUCGUGCGAUAAUUAUGCCUCUUGUGGUGCCAAUGGAAAUUGCAUCAUUAAUGACUUGCCAAUUUGUCGAUGUUUAAAAAAAUUCAAGCCUAAAUCACCAGAGAAAUGGAACUUAAUGGAUUGGUCUGAUGGGUGCGUGCGCAAUAAACCAUUGAACUGCCAGAAGGGAGAUGGAUUCGUGAAAUAUCUGGGGCUGAAAUGGCCUGAUGCUACUCAUUCUUGGCUAAACAAGAGUAUGAAUCUCAAUGAAUGCAGAGCUAAAUGUUUACAGAACUGUUCCUGUAUGGCAUACAGUAAUUCAGAUGUUAGAGGAGGCGGCAGUGGCUGCAUAAUUUGGUAUGGUGGCCUGAUAGAUAUUAGACAGUUUCCAGCUGGAGGUCAGGAACUAUACAUUCGCAUGAAUCCUUCAGAAUCAGAUGCAAAAGCUGAGCCUACCGUAAAGAUUGCGGUGAUAGUUUCAAUAGUCAUUGCCAUGGUCUCCGGGCUGCUUGUGUUCUGUUAUUGCAUUUGCAAACGAAAGGAAAAGUGCAGAGAAAUGGACCAGCAAAAUGAUCAGAUCACUGAUGGAGAGAAUGAAGACUUGGAGCUACCCCAAUUUGAGUUCGCUAAAAUAGUCAAUGCAACCAACAACUUUUCAAUAGAAAACAAAUUAGGCCAGGGAGGUUUUGGACCUGUCUACAAGGGUACACUAGAAGAUGGACAAGAAAUUGCUGUGAAGAGGUUAUCAAUGAGCUCCGGACAAGGUUUAAAAGAGUUCAAAAAUGAAGUUAUACUGAUUAACAAGCUACAGCACCGAAAUCUUGUAAAGCUUCUUGGAUGUAGCAUUCAAAGAGAGGAAAGACUUCUGGUGUAUGAAUAUAUGCCCAACAAAAGCCUGGACUCUUUCCUUUUUGUUCAGACAAAAAGUAAACUGUUAGACUGGUCUAAGCGGUUCAACAUUAUCUGCGGGAUCGCCAGGGGGCUUCUGUAUCUUCAUCAAGAUUCUAGAUUGAGGAUUAUACAUAGAGAUCUGAAAUCAAGUAACGUUUUACUUGACAAGGACAUGAACCCAAAAAUUUCUGAUUUCGGUUUGGCUAGAACUUUCGGAGGAGAUCAGACUGAAGGAAACACAAGUAGAGUAGUUGGUACCUAUGGUUAUAUGGCACCAGAAUAUGCUACUGAUGGACUCUUCUCAGUGAAAUCUGAUGUCUUUAGCUUUGGUAUCAUGUUGCUAGAGAUAGUAACCGGAAAGAAAAGUAGAGGGUUUUACCAUCCAGAUAAUACCCUAAGCCUCAUAGGAUAUGCAUGGAGAUUGUGGAAAGAAGGCAAACCAUUAGAAUUGGUUGAUGGAUUGGCCGAAGAGUCAUGGAAUCUAUCAGAAGUCAUGAAAUGUAUCCACAUAAGCCUGUUAUGUGUUCAACAAUACCCUGAGGAUAGACCAAGCAUGGCUUCAGUGGUUUUGAUGUUAGGUGGAGAGAGGACAUUGCCGAAGCCAAAAGAACCAGGCUUCUUUAAGGAUAGAGGUCCUGUUGAAGCAUAUUCUUCAUCCAGCAAGGUGGAAUCAUCUUCAACCAAUGAAAUUUCAAUCUCAGUCUUGGAACCUCGGUAGUGACUUUGUAAUUUUUCCUUCUAGACUUGGUAUUAAACGAUGUUUCAAUCACUGUCCAUACUGGAUUGUCAGCUGCAGUAGUUCUAGUUUGGAUUUGUGGCUGGAAUGGGUCUGCUCUAUAUCGUGUUUUUGACAUUACUACUGGUUGUAAGUUAUAGAAAAUAUAUACUGCCAUUACUUCUCUUA